GCUAUCUAUUUCAAGCUGGCAGGCUUUGGUUGACAGUCCAUCACUAACUGGACCCAAGUUCUGAAGCAAGUGCAUUCUGGUCCUGCCCAAUAAAAGCCCAUAGAUCAAUCAAAUCCUUCACUUUUGCUCUAAAAACACUUUGAUCCCCCACCUAGCAUAUUUAUUCCUUACUAACUCCUAAAGUUCUUCAUUUUGUUGUUUCUGGUGUGGCUGAAAUUCUCAAUCUUGAAUAUUGGUAGAUGGUCUUGCAAUUGCAUCCAUUUAUAUUUUUACAAUGAUAGAAAUAGAAUCGUCCACUCAUAGGCAUGUCAGUUUUGUAUUUUGACUCUGUACUAUGUAGCCUUUUCAAGAGAGAAAUUGGAUUGUUUUGGAACUUUCAAUAUUAGUUCACAUAAUUUCAAACAUUUUUUUCGCAUAAUAUUUAAUUCUAAAGUGUUUGAAUAACAUCUUUAGCAUUUUAAAAGAAAACGCAUAAAAAAUUGUAUUUCGAUUAGAAACAUUACUAAUGAGCAAUUUUACAGAGUGGCGUGGUAAAGUACAGAACACCACACAUGAGCAAAUGACUAUUUACUGACACGAUACUGGACUUCCCAUUUCUACCCACAUACCCCCUUGAAUACAGCCUUAAUUACACAUAUUGCCACCCACUCGCAUACCCUUUCUCAAAUCUCGCAUCAAACCACACUACCAUUUUCAGAUUACAUUGCAAUCUGAAAGAUACACAGUAAGACGCACAGAGGCGACGCAAACACAGCAGCCAAGCAGUGUCUCUGCUGCACAAGAGAAAACCAAUCCAACAAUUAUCUCUAUCCUUUACUCUCCCUCUCUUUUUGCCUUUGUACCCUUUUGCUUCUUUCCUCUGCUGCUGCUCUCUUUCUUUCUUUGUUUCUGCUUCUUCUUCUCCUCUUCUCCUGCACUCUCUGGUCUUUGCUUGUGCCGUCAAUGCAAAUCCUCAACACAAAAUCGAAUCUCCGUGUUUCUUGAUCUGGGUAUCGACUGUUUCUUCUUAGAUCACUGAUUUUUGGGGAGAAUCCACCUGGGUCUUGGUCGUUUUUCACCUUCACUUCGGCAGAUUCAAAGAAAUGGGCCUCCAGCUCAGUAUGCAAAUAAGCUUCCUUCAAUAUCAGGUUUGGAGUUUCCCCCCUCUCUCAAACGUUUUUUGAAGGGAGAGGAAGAAAGUUUGUUGCCUUGUCGCAUAUUUUGCAUUCCUUAUCUUCCGUCCUCGAAGCUCACUUGGUUUUCAUUUCUGUUCCUUCCAAGUUCUGUGUGUUGAUGAACUGAAGUUCUCUACUUCUCUUGUAUUUAUAUCUCUGGAUCUUAUUUUCUAUUUGGGGUUUUUGUAAACACCUAGUAUUUUAUGGUUCCCAGAUAUCGAAUUGGGUACUUGUGCUAUUUAUUUGUUAUGUCUUUCUCUUUGAUUCAAUCUCUCUUUUCCUGCAAAUUGGAAACCCCAUGCUUAUGUCAGUUCUCUUUGGUGGGUCUCUGCCAUUACCUUCUUAUGUCACUCUUGCCUGCUUAUAGAAUCUUCUGAUUUGGUCUAGCAGAAGCAAGUUUUCUUUUGCUGCUGAAAAAAUUAGUACUUUAUGAGGAAAAGUUCAUGAGUUGGGACUUGAAGAGAAGUAGGCAGCCUUGUUCUGUAUACUAUGAUAUAAUCCAUAAGCCAAAGCUUGUCUUUUUAUUCCGAGUCUUGGCAAGAUUGAGACUUGGCUUAUGUUACCAUUGCUUUGAGGUAGAUAGAUCAUGCAUUGGGGUUUUAUCAAUUCCACUCAACUUUAAAGUUGGUCUCUUUGGAUAAUGUGACCCAAGAGAGUAAAGUUUCAAAUUUUUUUAUUGGGCUUCCUUGCAUAACUGUGAAAUUAAUGAUCUUGGCUAGCUUGACUUUGCAUGGAAUGUAGGUGUAAGAAGAUGGUUCUUUGUGGCUACAUUGGGAUUGAAUUAGUAAUGGCUCUCUUAUCUCUGGCUUUGCAGGGGAGUUCUUCUUCUGUAUGAGCUUUCUAACUAUUGGGAGAUAAUAAGGAAAUUAUGGGUAGAGGUAGGGGAAAAGGAAAGAGGUUGACUGUGAGCAAUCACGACGAUGCUGGUAGUGGUGAAGAAGAAAAGAUUCCUGCACAAAAGAGAAGAGGGAGACCACAAAAGCCAUUGAAAGAUGAGUUCGAGGAAGAGGAAAUGGAAAUGGAGACCAUGAUGGAGGAGGAAGAUGUGGUGGAAAAUGGGAAGGCAAUGAAUAACACUCCUAGCAAAGAGGCAAAAAGUCCAACGGCAUCAGAGAAUGGGAAGAAGAGGAGACGCAAUUCUCAGCUGCAGGCUAAGGGAAAACUGCCAGAUUCCGUAAUGAAGGAAGAGAAUGUGGUAGUAGCAAUUACCAAUGACCCGAUCAAGUCUAACGGGUUUAGGCAAAACGGGAGCAGGCGGAAGAACAAGCCUCGUCGAGCUGCUGAGGCUGGAGUCGAAUGCAAAUGAUAGGGCCCCAUUGAAUGAUUGUCAUGUGUCAAGAUUGGUCCCGGUUUUAACUCUGGCGGAUGAAGAUACAAAGUGAGGCCUUAGGAAAUGAAAUCUCUAUUAGUUUCGCGAUGCUGGUUUUUGAUCUAAUUGUUUCUUUUUCUUCCUUUUGGGGUUGAUCAUUCGAGCAGGCAUGCAACUUCAUUACUGUUAGUUUCUCUUCUUGCAACCGUUUAUAAAUGCUGAUUUUUCUGCCUGUAAUUUUGAUUGUGACGGUGUUCAUGGCUUCAUACAAUCCAAUCCAGUGGUUUUCUUGUAUCAUAUGAUGUUCAUGCCUUACUGUAGUUUUUCGUUCUUUCGGUUAUACGAAAUGGCAUCUGCAGGAGGUAGCAUUUUAUAGUUGAUCACUCAAAAAUCUACUUGCCAACUGCUUUUAUGUUUGACCAUGCUUAGUUUAGAGGCUCAAAUGUUCCACCUUUAAUCUUUUUCUUGUAUCACUCGUACUUUAAUGACUAGUGCAAAUGGCGUUUUCAUUGAAAUGGAAGCAAAAUGGGAUGGUGGGUUGGUUGAGAUUAUGUUAGUUAUAGAUAGGUGUACCUAGAUCUUUCCAUUGUAAUUUGACAUGGUUUUUAUAAUCAACAGAUUAAUUUAUCUCUUGUUUGUGUCCAAACUAAAGUUUGGUAAGACUAAGAAUUUUGGGGGUCUUGGCCUUUUAGGUUUCUUGUUUCAGACUCAAUGUUCUCUCAUUGAGAGGUUGUUGAAGCAGAACAAAGGGGUUGUUUCCUUUUGUUGUAAUGAUACUGCUAAAUAUGAGUUGUUGAAGGACUCAUGCAAUGUCUUUAUAGUAACUUAAGGUGGUGGGAUGUUUUUGCUGAAGUUAGAAGAAUGGCAGGUAGGUGUGGUUAUGAUGAGGUGGAAGAAGAAGGCUAAUUGUCCAUUUUUAUCAUUCAUUCCCGUGACAAGACCAUAAAGAUAAAAUUAAAAAUCAAGACUUUAAGAUCUAAGGUAAUAGUCCAUUCAUAAAAGUGGAGUAUGGUUAAGAUCUAAAAGGAUGAGUAUAGAAGUAGGGGCAGCAAGGAAAACUAAACACACAUUUCUUUCUCAUUCUUACCCAUUAUAAAGCUAAACACACAUUUCAUCCUCUUUCCUACCCAUUAUAUUUAUAACGCAUCUUCAUACAAAUCUCAUGUCUGGUUCUCACAUAUUAAUUAGGUGUGAGCAAGUUAGUUGUGAUUUUUACCCUCCUUUUUUUUUCCUUAUGAUGAUCAGUGUACAAUGAUUAAUUUUACAUCUGUCCGAAUUAAAUCAUUUCUAAAUCUAAUUCAGCUUUUGUAAAUCGUCUUAAGAAUAAAUUAAAAAAAUCAUCAUGUAUUGAAAUUAAACUUUAUUAUAUUAGAUAUAGUGCGAUUUUGAUUCAUUCUGAAUCUUCAUUACCACCUGUCCACCUCGUUCCCGUCGUCCCCAUAGUAAUCUCAUAUCGAAUAAAUAAACCACUCAAUUGCUUCAUAUUAACUCGGUACAAGCUAAUCCUAGGCAUAAAUCAUUCAGAUCCAACUCUGGAAUCCGUCCAGGUUUUAACACGGAUGUGGAAGACACUAUAAAGUCUAAACGUUGAUUGUUGACUGAAAGCAGGGGCAUCUUAUUGGGCCCGGGGCUCCGACUAGGCCGGCCAUGUGGGCCUGCUGGAAUAUUUGCUGCUGCUGCCAUUUUCUUUAAUUAUUCAAACCUUCUUGCUCAAGUUGCUGCUAUUUUUUUUAUAAAUUUCAUCCUCCAUUAGUAUAUAGUAGAGUUUUGUAAACUUUUCUCCAUUUCAAAUUUCCUCCAAUGAGAGUGAAAGUAGGAAGGAUAUUUCUGUCUUUACAAUUAAUUAUUUAUUUCAUAAAAAAUAUCAAUAUCAAGACUCGAACCUGGGUCUCUUCAAACAAAGAUAGCAGAUAUAACCAAUUAUACUAAGUGUAUUUAUUGUCCCUUUUUUAAUACAAAACAUACAUGUAU